AUCAUUCUCUUGACUACUUACUUACUUACUUCUACUACUCUUGUAAAUCCUUUUCUGAAAUUCUUUUCGUUUCAUUCAUAAAAGUUUCUGUCCGAGGAGUUUUGAGAAUUUGUUCUUUGGGGGAAUUCAAUACCAAGUCAAUCACCAGAGGGAAGAAAGAGAUACGACACUAGAAGGAUACCUUUGUCUUGUUAUUUUCAAUCCAAGUCGCCAAUAUGCCUACUGCUGAAGGGAGACCUCAAACUCUCUACGAUAAGGUUCUCCAAGACCAUAUCGUAGAUGAGAGAAUGGAUGGCACCAUCUUACUUUACAUCGAUAGACAUUUGGUACAUGAAGUCACUUCACCGCAAGCUUUCGAGGGUUUAAAAAAUGCCGGUAGAAAAGUUAGAAGACCAGAUUGUACUCUUGCUACAACUGAUCAAUGUAAUUCCCGAAAAUCCCUCAAAAACAUCGAAACUUUCGUCGAGGAAGAAGAUUCUAGACUUCAAUGUAUGACACUCGAAGAUAAUGUCAAGGAUUUUGGAAUCACAUACUUUGGUCUCGGUGAUAAGCGUCAAGGUAUUGUGCACAUCAUUGGUCCUGAACAAGGUUUCACUCUUCCGGGUACCACGGUCGUUUGUGGUGACAGUCACACUUCCACACAUGGUGCCUUUGGAUCUUUGGCUUUCGGAAUUGGUACGAGCGAAGUGGAGCAUGUACUUGCGACACAGACUUUGAUCACCAAGCGAAGCAAGAAUAUGAGAAUUCAAAUCGAUGGUGAACUUGCACCAGGUGUCACAGCAAAGGAUGUCGUCUUACAUGCGAUUGGAAGAAUUGGUACGGCUGGUGGAACGGGUGCCGUCAUUGAGUUUUGUGGUUCGGUUAUUCGAAGCUUGAGUAUGGAAGGUAGAAUGUCGAUCUGUAACAUGUCUAUCGAGGGUGGUGCCAGAGCUGGUAUGAUUGCUCCAGAUGAGACCACUUUUGAGUAUCUCAAGGAUAGACCACUUGCUCCAAAGUAUGGUUCGGAGGAAUGGGAGAGAGCUACAAAAUACUGGAAGAGUUUACAAUCAGACGAAAACGCCAAGUACGAUAUCGAUGUCUUUAUCGAUGCAAAGGAUGUUGCUCCGACAGUUACUUGGGGUACCAGUCCUGAAGAUGUCGUUCCAAUUACUGGUUCGGUUCCAGAUCCAGAAUCUUACACCGACAAGGGAAAGAAGGAGAAUGCUAUUAAGAUGUUGGAAUAUAUGGGACUUACUGCCGGAACUCCAAUGGAAGAGAUUGUUUUGGACAAGGUUUUCAUUGGCUCUUGUACAAAUGCCAGAAUUGAGGAUCUCCGAGCUGCAGCUGGUAUUGUCAAGGGAAAAAAGAUUGCUGCCAACAUCAAGCGAGCAAUGGUUGUUCCAGGUUCCGGUCUUGUCAAGAGUAUGGCAGAAGAUGAAGGUCUGGAUAAGAUUUUCAUGGAUGCUGGUUUCGAAUGGAGAGAAGCUGGUUGCAGUAUGUGUCUCGGAAUGAACCCUGAUAUCUUGGCACCAAAGGAGAGAUGUGCUAGUACCAGUAACAGAAAUUUCGAAGGUCGUCAAGGAGCUGGAAGUCGUACUCAUUUGGUAUCGCCAGCUUCAGCAGCAGCUUCCGCUAUUGUUGGCAAGCUUACAGAUGUGAGAAAAUUUGCCCAGGGAGCCGAUUCAGCACCGAAGAAGGUAUCACCAACUAGUUAUCAAGGCAAGGCACAUGUUGAUGAACGUGUCGAGACUGAUGAUGAAGAGCGAGAAGUUAUUGGUGAUCAACCAGAAGAUAACUCCCCACACACAAACACCACCGCUGCACACUCCUCUGCUGGUCUUCCAAAAUUCGAAAUCUACAAGGGAAUCGCAGCACCAUUAGACCGAGCUAAUGCCGAUACCGACGCUAUCAUUCCUAAACAAUUUUUGAAGACUAUCAAGAGAACUGGCCUUGGAUCUGCUCUUUUCUAUGCUCUUCGUUUCAACGAAGAUGGAACGGAGAAGCCGGAAUUCGUUCUUAACCAAGAACCAUACAGAAAGGCUAAGGUUCUCGUUGUCACUGGACCAAAUUUCGGAUGUGGAAGUUCUCGUGAGCACGCUCCAUGGGCUCUUCUUGAUUUCGGUAUCAAAUGUAUCAUUGCCCCAUCUUUCGCGGAUAUCUUCUUCAACAACACUUUCAAGAAUGGUAUGCUUCCAAUCCCAAUUACCAACAAAGCCGAUCUCAAUGCCAUUGCAGCAGAAGCAUAUGCAGGCAAGGAAAUUGAAAUUGAUCUUCCAAAUCAAGUCAUCAAUGAUGAAUCUGGAAAGAAAAUCUGUAGUUUCGAGGUGGAAGAAUUCAGAAAACAUUGUUUAGUCAAUGGAUUGGAUGAUAUUGGAUUGACUCUUCAAAUGGAAGAUAAGAUUUCGAAUUUUGAGAAGAAGAUGACAAAGGAGACACCAUGGUUAGAUGGUAGUGGAUAUUUGAAGAGAGGAAAGAAUGGAAAGUUAGCAGUCAAACCAAAACCAGUACCUACAACUAAUCGGGGAGAGAAAUCAGGAACCCGCUUUGAUUGGUAA